UGCGCAAGUGUAGUGUGUGUAAAGUGUAUAAAGAAAGUGUGCAGUGAGUAAUUAAAACAUGCAAUAACAAAUUUGAUCAUUUUGCCGCUCAAAGGAAAUACAUCAACAUCCAUGCAGUCCAUACCCACAAAUAAUUAAAAAAAUACGCCCAUUCUAACAUUUGUACGCAUCCAUUUGUCCUCCCUACGUACACAUUGUUAGUAGGAAAGUGCAGCAGCAGGCGCGGUCGCGGCAAUGCUCGUAAUGAAUAAAUAGCACAUAAUAUGUGUAAAUAAACCGGGUCGCCCACAUAGGCUAAAAAAGCAACAACAAAUAAAAACCACACACACACACACAUUAGCAAAAAAAGCAAAGUGAAGAGAUAUGAGAACGUGUUCAGUUUUUAGCUUUGAUUUUGAGGCGGCGCUGGUCGCUUUUAUUGUUGUUGUUAUUGUCAAUUAAAAUAUUUGCGCCAACAGCGAUAAUCCUGUGCCCUCUACAGAAUAUAUUCUGUGUGCGCUUCACAGGAAUUCCAACCACAGAGAGACGCUUGGUUGAAUAAUUCUCAAGGUCUUUUGGCUGCUGGCUGGCUGACUGACAGACGGACGGACGUGCGGACAGACGAAUGAGCGGCCAGUGGAACUGAACCGAGGACUGAACACACAGCUUUAACAGCAACAACAACACACACGCAUACAAACUGCGGCAUGAGGCAUUGGUCGAGGCUUGCCACCAGUUAAUGAAGUGCGCAUCGUCACGGCCAUAAGCAGCAAAAGCGGCGGCAAACUGGACCCCAUGGAUCAGACACAUGUGAGAGGACGUCGAAAUAAAGCCAAAUUGAAGGCAGCAACAAAGUGUGCGUGUGUGUGAGAGUGUGUGUGUGUGUGACUCCACCUAACAUGUGAAAGCAAGAGAGUCGUUUAAGACAGAGAGCUCCCAUAUGUGCCAACAACAAUAUACGACGACUACAAGGAAUUAACAGUAACACACGCUUGAGGGGAGCCAAGAGCGUAGUGAGAGCUGAGAGAGCUGAGAACGUGCGCGUGUUUAACGAUAAGUCUGAUAAUAAACAUUAUACAAUUUAACAUAAACUAAGGCAACAACUACAACAACAGCACCAACCAAAAGCCCAAAAGCCCAAAAGCCCAAAAGCAAACAUAUCGACCGGAAGAAGGAAAGCAGAAGGAAACUUUAACAACAGCCAGUUAACAGCAGAGACUUAACAGUCGCCUAACAUGCACUCUACAUAACCGUUUAGAAUUAGCAUCACAAUUGCGUCAAAUAAGUCGCAAAUCUGUACAGGACUGACCACAAAGCUAACAACAACAAUAGCAACAACAACAGCAAACCAACUUUAGUUAACAGUAAAAGCAAAUAAACCAAAAUUUAUAAAAUGACGCUGUUAAGUUUCACACGCAAAAUGCGGGGACGCAUGCGCUCCAACACCUGUCGCAUAGUUCUGCUCACCUCUCUCGUUUGGGUCAUCUUUGACUUUGUGCUGAUCGCCCGAUAUUCGGACUGCAUAGGCAAGGAUGGCUGGCGGUGUAAAAGGUCCGGCGAAUACGAUGUGGAGCUACCCAACGCCGAGCGUCUGGUGGAUGAUAACCAAUUGGUCGAUGAUAAUGAAAUCAAUACGGAGAAAUCGUUUGACGGUGAUUCUGGGGGCGUUAUUGGCGCCGGAUUUGCGUCCGGCGGUAUUUCGAUGACUUAUCGCACUUUAGUGCUGAAAAAAUGGUUCCAAGCGCCCACAGUACGCGAAGUAAAGGGCAAGCCCGGUGAAAUGGGUAAGCCCGUCAAAAUACCGUCGGACCUGAAGGAGCUCAUGAAGGAGAAGUUCAAGGAAAAUCAAUUUAAUCUGUUGGCCAGUGAUAUGAUCUCGUUGAACCGUUCGCUGACAGAUGUGCGGCAUGAGAAUUGUCGUCAUAAACACUAUCCCGCAAAGCUGCCCACUACCUCAAUUGUGAUAGUAUUUCAUAAUGAAGCCUGGACGACAUUGCUGCGUACCGUUUGGAGUGUUAUCAAUCGCUCCCCUCGAUCGCUGCUUAAGGAGAUCAUACUGGUGGACGAUGCCAGUGAACGAGAUUUCCUUGGCAAGAAGCUGGAGGAUUAUGUGGCCACACUACCGGUUCGCACUUUUGUGCUUCGCACAGAGAAGCGUUCGGGUCUGAUACGCGCCCGACUGCUAGGCGCCCAGCAUGUCACCGGUGAGGUGAUUACCUUCCUGGAUGCGCAUUGUGAGUGUACUGAGGGCUGGCUAGAGCCACUGCUAUCGCGUAUUGUUCAGAAUCGUCGCACUGUCGUCUGUCCCAUUAUUGAUGUAAUAUCGGACGAAACAUUUGAGUACAUUACGGCGUCGGAUUCGACGUGGGGUGGCUUCAACUGGAAAUUGAACUUUAGAUGGUACCGCGUUCCUCAGAGGGAGAUGGCGCGUCGCAACAACGAUCGUACGGCGCCGCUGCGAACGCCCACAAUGGCCGGCGGUCUGUUCUCAAUUGACAAGGACUAUUUCUACGAGAUCGGAUCGUACGACGAGGGCAUGGACAUUUGGGGUGGCGAGAAUCUCGAGAUGUCGUUCAGAAUAUGGCAAUGUGGCGGCAUUUUGGAAAUAAUUCCUUGCUCGCAUGUGGGCCAUGUGUUCCGUGACAAAUCGCCGUACACCUUCCCGGGCGGCGUGGCCAAGAUUGUGCUGCAUAAUGCGGCGCGUGUGGCCGAAGUAUGGCUGGACGAGUGGCGCGAUUUCUAUUAUGCAAUGAGUACAGGCGCACGCAAAGCUUCAGCCGGCGAUGUCAGUGAUCGCAUCUCGCUUCGCGAACGCCUGAAAUGCAAGAGCUUCCGCUGGUAUCUGGAGAAUGUCUAUCCGGAGAGUUUAAUGCCGCUCGACUAUUACUAUUUGGGCGAGAUACGCAACUCGGAGACUGAAACCUGCCUGGACACUAUGGGCCGCAAGUAUAAUGAGAAGGUCGGCAUUAGCUACUGCCACGGCCUGGGCGGCAACCAGGUGUUCGCUUACACCAAACGUCAGCAAAUCAUGUCCGAUGAUUUGUGUUUGGACGCGGCCAGUGCCAAUGGGCCCGUCAACAUGGUGCGCUGUCACAACAUGGGCGGCAAUCAGGAGUGGGUCUAUGAUGCAGAGGAGAAAUGGAUUCGUCACACAAACACGGGGCAGUGCUUACAGCGUGCCACACGGGACGAUGCGAGCACGCCGCUGCUCCGGCCAUGUGAUUACUCCAAAGGCCAGCAAUGGCUGAUGGAGUCCAAGUUUAAGUGGCAGGCGCAUUAGUGACGCUAGGACUCCAUUCUAAGGACUUCCACUUUUGUGUUUUUUUCUCUGUUCAUAUGCGAUCGCAGCUGCUUACAAGAUUUCCAACACACAUUACUUUCGUUCACUUCUAGUUUAGUUAAGUUUAGCUAAGUUUAGACUUAAGUUAAAUGCCUCGAUGUCUGUGGCAAAUAUGUCUUCCCAAUUCAAUGUACAGUGUCUCAAAUCUUUGAUAAGCCAACGAAAGCAAGGAAUGCUUAAAUUUAUUAUAAACUAAAGUUUUUCUCAACUUUAACUUCAGAAAACACCAAACUAAAUUAAAAUCUUUAGUUGUGUAAUAAAAGAGUUACAUAUCUUUGAAAAUUAGCCCCAACACUUCACAAUAUUGAACAGUCUCCUCUUCCAAAUCUCUGCCUUUAAUCAGCAUUAUAAUUUGAUCUGAUCUAAUAAUCACGGUCUUCGAUAUAUGAAAAAAGAUCUUAGUUCAUCUGAGGUAUCAUAUUCUUUAUUAGUUAAUCCCUAGACUUUAGCAUCAAAAUCUUGACUGUAGCUUGUCACUACAAUUCAUUAUACAUAGUAAUAGCACUUUCUUAGCUAUUAUUACUGUAAAGGGCUAUGGUGCUUCUGAAAUAUGAACAGUUCUUUAAGAUAAUACUUGAUAAGAUGAUGACACCUUUGAAUGAUGAUGACUUUUCUUGAAGAUGAUGAUACUCUUUAGUGAUGGUACAUCCUAGAAAUAAUGGUAUAUUUAAAAGAUGACGAUAUUUCUUAAAGAUGAUGCUACGAAUCUUGUUCUGAGUGACAGUCAAACCUGCUUGCUGGAGAAUUUUAUAAUAAUCCAACUGCUUAGCAGUAUAAGAAGAAAGAUUCUUGAUUUCUUUCACAAGCUACCACGUGCGUUUUCUGCAAAAUAAUUACACUGACACUUAUUAUUUUUGCACCAAUAUUUUCUCUUAACUUCUUUAUUGUUUCCUAAGCUGUGUCUUCAGAUAAGAUAAUCUAAAAAUGAUUAUAGAAAAUAAUAAUGAUUGAGACCUGCCACAAAGCUUCUUCAUUCAAAGCUUUAACAAGCAUUUGAGUCACUGUACGUGUUGUAGAGUUUAGUUUUAUCUGAUUUUGUCGAGAUAACGAAUUGUAAAAUAAUUACCCCUAACGUCGACCAAGUACCAAACGAUUGGCAUUUAAAUGACAAAAGUGUGACAAAGGAGAAAAAUAAUAUUGAUAUACAUUUAGUAUAAAUGUAUAUACUUGUAAGCAGACCUGUUGGGGUGGUCCUCAUGUGUCAUAGGAAAACGAAACCCCAAACCGCAGCCCUCACCAAUUUCUAGAGUUUUACCAGCUUAGAAUUGCUUAUGCCAACUUAAAGUUGGACACACAAGCACUCACCAUAUCUAUACCGAUGUAACAUUCCUAGCUAUAUAUACAUACAUACUAUAUAAUGCCAGCGCACUUCUUGUUCGUUUUGAGUUGCGUUCGAGACUUGAGUUAUAGUUGUCGGUUAAUUUAAUUAGAUUUUAUUUAGCACGCGAAACAGGUUGUAUAUUUUAGCGGAAAAUCCAAAUACUAUAUUGUGGCUUCUUUGGCAUAUUUUGAAGAAACUAUUCUAUUGCUUUAAACCAAAAAAAAAAAAAAGAAAUUAUAUUACAAAUAAUUAUGAAGAGCACGUUUUAGGCCCCAUAUCGUAAACGCUUCGAAAUCAUAAUCAUUAUACAAAACUAAAACUAAAAAAAUGCACGCAUAUCAUAAAUACAGUGUAAAAAUGAAGAACUAAAGUCUAUAAAUUAUCAAAAGGAAUCCGUGAAAAUGUUUGUUGUACAUAAUCUAAAGUAGCUAUUAAAAAUAUACAACUAAAGUAAAUAUUUAUAUAUACGUCUUACAUAUACUAUAUAUACAUAUAGAUGCGAAGCAAGCAAACUGUACUAUAAAAGAAAUAUUGCGCCUAGCAUUAAGUGUCGAUGUAAGCUAAAGGUUUGCGUUUAUACAUAGACUUAAUUCCCGAUUUGCUUAGAAACAUAAUCACCCGCUCUAAAGCAGAGACGACAACUUAAAGACAAUUAAAAAGAAUAUAUAGUAUAUAUAUACGUGUACAACUACUAAAAUUGCUCAAAUGGACUUCAGCCCUUCCAUUAUUGUGUAAAUAUUAUGUGUACGAUCUAAAAUAAUAAUAUUCUCAAUCAAAAGCAACCUGACUUUUCAAAGUAUCCACAAAAUAGCAAACGUAAAGCUCCCAACUCACCCAAAACACACAGUAAAACUUUUUAGAUAAAUUAAUUUUUUAACAAUAAUACAUCUAUAUGCUAGUUAUACAUAACUACAAUAUGUAUGUAACUAUUAGUAACUAUUUUAACUGGUGACGGUGGUGCAAUUUUAAUUUUAGUCUAUAAAUAUUAAACACCAAACAAAUUCAUUAAAUUUUAUGACCAGCAAGUGAAAUGAAAGUUAAAAUUAGGCAGACAGACAGACAGAUGGGAAGGCCGACACACAAAAUCUCCUAAAUGAAAGGGUAUAUUAUAGUCUAUAUACACCAUAUACAUAUAUCUACUGUAUACAACAAUAAACCGCCUAUAUGUUUAACAUUGUUGAGUAAUAUGUUUAGCUAAAUAUAAUUUUAUAAUUUCAAUGUAAAAGUGAAAGAAAGAAAAACUAUUUUUCUCUUCUCAUUUUUUAUUUUUGUUCUGAAAUUUUAUAAAUAAACAAAAAUUUAAGAAAAUUCCAAAAA